UUUAGCGCGUAGGUGUACAUACGUCACUUGUGACGUCAUAGCUUGUUCGUUUGGCUUCAUGAUUUCGAGCCAAUUGUCAUUUGCCAAUGCUCCUUUCUAUUCAUUGGUGAACAAGAAGGAUAACAUGAUACACAGGAGCACUGAUGGGCACCUCGAGUGAUGUUUCCGAACGCAGCCUUAGAUUAUGCUUUAGAAAUAUCAUAAUGGAUCUAAAACAAAAAAUUAUACAUAAGUUUAACGAGCACUUGGGAUCGAAUUUAAAAAAUCUUGAAGGAAUUUACGAUUUUCAAGAGCAUCUCAAAGCAGAGAAGGAUGAGAUUGAAAAAUCAUUAUCAAUGGCAUCAACCACUGCUCCUUCCAAGGUAAAAGCAGUGGUUGAACAUGUGGAACGUGUCAAUUGUGAAGUUGAACAGUUGCAGGAAACCUGUUUGAACCUCAGCAAGAUGAUCGAGGAAACGUUUAGCGAAAAUGACAAAAAUUUAGAGCUGCAAGAAGUCAUCGAUAAGAUAGGUCAGCUGGACAAGUCAUUAUCCUAUCUACACUUCAUAAGACAUAUAGAAAAUAUUAGCGAUGAAAUAGAGGCAUUCCUGUUAUCUGGCGAUGAUCAGUCUAUGAUAACUCUUUAUACAAGCUUGACAAACAUCAGUUGCCAAUUACAAAUGUCUACAUGUCAUCAUCUGGUCAAUUUUGUUCAUGAGACUUUACACUUUUGGCACAAUCUAAUCAAGGAAAAAUUAUCGAAGGAGUACAAUGAUUUAUUAAAGACCCUAAAAUGGCCUUUCUGUGGAACCAAUGCCGCUUCAUUCAACACACCUUUGCCAGAGACAAUGACAAGAUUUAAGAUACUCAUUGAACAUCUCUUUCAUUUGCAACUACCAGAAGAAACGAUAAAACCUGUGGUAACAUCUGUGCUGUUAACAGACUUUGCACCAGUUAGUUUACCAAUCGCCUUCUUAGUACGUCCUCUUCGGCAGAGAUUCAUUUAUCAUUUCACAGGAGCUAAAUUAACGAAUCGUCAAGAUAAGCCAGAAUGGUUUUUUACACAGAUAUUAACAUGGAUUAAAGACCAUGUUCAAUGGGUGCAUAAGAACAUUCAACCUGUAGCGGAUUCUGUAGGUUACGGAUACUUAGAUAUAAAGGCUGAAUUUAUGCGCGCUCUAGUUCAGUUAGCUGUUGAAAAACUUCAUUCCGAAUUGCCCAUAGUGCAAUACGAUGACACUCUAUUUGCGCAUUUGGUAGACGAAGCUUUGGGAUUUGAGAGAGAGCUACGGGAAACUCUAUUGUAUCCUCAAACUCAACCGGCUACUAUUUUCGUUCUCACGCAAGCUUAUAUUUUUGUAAAAUGGAUAAACAUGGAGAAAAAAUGUAUAUAUUUGUCCUGUUUAGACGCAACUGAAAAAAUGGAUGCAAUAUUAAGCUCGAGUACAGCGUGGGAAAGAUUGACGAGUCCUGAUGUAGAUGACAUGAAAGUUACUGAAUGCGCUGACGCCUUCCUAACGCUCCUUACCACAAUUUCUGAUAGAUAUAAACAUUUACCUCAGCCUGGACACAGAUUACAGUUUCUCGAGCUGCAAUUGGAAUUAAUUGAUGAUUGGCGGGUACGGUUGUUACAACUGUUACAUGAAAAUUAUGAAGAUCCAUUAACAUCGCUUAUGCCAUAUAUUCUCAAUACACUACAUUAUGUUGCGACCGUUUUGGAAGAAUGGGGCGUGACUGUUCACUUCUUGCAGCUGCAUUUCUUCAAAAAGCAAUUUGAAGCUGUGGAAAAUGCUACUGACAAAGGCAACGACGUUAGCGAGAAUAUUGGAGAAAUAGAGGGAACUGUAUUUGACGAAGCUGUGGUUCUCUUACGACGAUUAGAAAAGGAAUUGAUAAAUGAAAUAAGCGAGUCAGUGGCUUUAGAUGUAAAAGCAAAAAGUAGAGCUUACAGAACGGAUAAAUGGUUUGCGAUGCAGUCUUCAAAAGAAGUUGCUUCAUUAUCAGUGACCCCGAGUGGUUGUCCCAUGUUCCAAGAACUAACUACGCGUCUUCACAUAUUGCAUAAUGUUCUUGCCUUGCCGUUAUUUAAUCAAGCUUUGAAGAAUUUGGCUGCUCAAUUUGAUCAAUUUCUCUUUGAAGAAGUUGUACUAGUAAAUCAUUUUAAUAGCGGUGGUGCCGAACAAUUACAAUACGAUAUUCUGAGAAAUCUAUUUCCAUUAUUUGGUCUGUAUAUUAAUAAACCAGAAUCAUACUUUCCAUUAAUCAAGGAAGCGUGUAUACUUUUAAAUAUCUUAAUGGGUUCAGCAAUAUUGCUUGAAGAAGCGCUAAAUAAUAAUGACAAAAAUGCAUCGGCAGAGAUUUUAGCGGAUGUCGGAGUGCACAAAAUGUCUGCUAAACUUGCUCUAAAAGUAAUAGCAAUGAGAACAGACGUUAUCCAUGUAUAGAAAAUCUUUCACUUGAAUAUAUCGUGUAAAAAUAAAAUUUAUUAUAAUAGAUUA